GUUGCCUUUCAAGCUGUGCCAGUUUUCCAUUGUUUACAUAUGCCCACGAGGCCACAAGAACUCCUGACUUCUACAGCUAAACGUUGCUGCUCAGAAAGCACCUUUUAUUGAUGUUUACCUACUCUAAUUGAUAAUCACUGUGCUAAAAUUCAAGUAGCUCGCUGCUUUCACCGAACGGCGUGCGGAUUCCCGCGUUCUUCGUGCGCUGGAAGCGCCUAGCGCAGUGCAAUGAACCAACCGGACCGUUACGUACAGUUCGUGCUCCCAGAGGGAGAGCGGAAAGUCAAGUACAAGGCGGACACCAAGCUGAAGGAUGCGGGCACGUUCACCUUUCGCUCAGAGGACCAUACCAUUGGCAACCUGCUGCGCAUGCAGCUGCACGCAGACAAGUCGACCGUCUUCGCGGGCUACCGGAUACCCCACCCCUUGGAGCCGGUGAUGGUGGUCAAGGUGCAGACCAACGGCACCAAGAGCUGCGAGGACGCCAUGAUGCACGCGCUGGAGGACCUGGCCAAUGAGUACCACAUCAUGCUAGAGGAGUUUGACCAGGCUGUGUCGGCAGCCAGCAUGCACUGAGAUGCGGCAGCAGUAGCAGCGGAAGUGGAGGGAGAGGCCUUCAACAUGCGCGGUGCAGCGGUAGCAAAGAAAGCGCGGCGGGUGUGAAGGAGCAGUAGCGGAAGUAGCAUUCGGAGGACUGGGGUAAGGGGAUGGGCGAGGGUGGUGUAACGAGGGCGGAACGGCGGCGGUGGACUAAGAAAGAAGCCAGGGAGGGGAGCUGUCGGGAAGUCCCACGCAGUACGGCGAAGGACGCAGCUGACCGCAACAUAACUGCCUUACUGCUCGGGCGUGCGACUUCAGAAGCAACAGGCUGCGAGGGAGCUGCAUUCGUUGGUGGUGGAACAUAUGCCGAGUCCUCGAGGCUUGGAGUGAAGGUUGCGGCAACCAGUUGAAGGCCAGAGUGGCCUGCAUGUCCUUGUAUGUGGGCGUGCCUGCGAGUGAAAGAUGGGGCAACGUACGCUACGCGUCAAAGGCUUGAGUACGCAACCUCCAGUGAUGGCAUAUAUGUAUACAUGUUGGGACUCGUCGGGUGGACGGGGAUGACGACGGCUUCCACUGUGCUCGGGAGGAAGAGGAAGGGGUUCAAUCGUGCUGUUAUCAUGGCGUUGCAUGCACGACCUUCGGCACGCUUCGGGGCAACACAUAUGCCGCCACGGCGCCAUGUCUUCGAUGUUCAUGUGCAAUGAACGCUGAAAUAACUUAUC